AUGGUCAAUUUUAACAUGCCAGAUGCAGCUGGCCAUUUGCCCUUCUACUAUGGUAGCAUAUCCCGGGCUGAUGCAGAAGAGUUCCUUAAGCUGGCUGGAAUGAUGGAUGGCCUUUUCUUGCUCAGGCAGUGUCUGCGAACUCUUGGUGGCUAUGUCCUCUCUGUGGUCUUUAAUUUACAGUUUUACCAUUAUCCUGUGGAGCGGCAGCUAAAUAGCACUUAUGCUAUAUUUGGAGGAAAGUCUCAUUGCGGGCCAGCUGAACUUUGCGAAUACUACUCUAAAGAUACAGAUGGUUUGUGCUGUGUCCUCCGACGACCUUGCAAUCGGCCAUGUGGGGUGGAAUGCAAGGCUGGAGUUUUUGAUCACAUUCGAGAUAACAUGAUGAGAGAAUAUGUGAGACGAGCUUGGAAUCUAGAUGGAGAUGCACUGGAACAAGCAAUUAUAAGUCAGGCUCCACAAGUGGAGAAGCUCAUUGCUACCACUGCCCAUGAGCAGAUGGCAUGGUACCAUGGUAACAUCAGCAGAAGUGAAGCUGAGAGAAAGCUGUACUCAGGAGCACAACCAGAUGGUAAAUUUCUGAUAAGGAAGAGGAAGGAAGCAGAGUAUGCCCUUUCAAUAGUGUAUGGAAAAACAGUCUACCAUUAUAAGAUUGACUUUGACAAAUCUGGGAGAUAUGCAAUCCCUGAUGGAACCAAGUUUGACACUUUAUGGCAGUUGGUUGAAUAUCUGAAACUUAAGCCUGAUGGAGUCAUAACUGUAUUAAGAGAAGCUUGUCCCAAUGGUAGCGCAUCAGCUGGUAAGUCAGAAGAUUUUGUCACAUCAAUAUGUACAUUUUUUUCGAGCAGUUGUGUUGCACUACCAUCACUUCCAAAAGUUAGGGAGUCAACAGGUAAUUUUGACGGCUACACUCCUGAACCUUUCUUUGAAAAGGCACGGAUUUUGCCCAUGGACACCAGUGUUUAUGACAGUCCAUACAGUGAUCCAGAGGAAAUAAAAGAUCGUAAAGUCUUCCUCAAGAGAGAAAUGCUUAUGAUAGAUGAAGUUGACCUAGGUGCUGGAAAUUUUGGCAGUGUUAAGAAAGGAGUCUACAAGAUGAAAAGGCGUCAAAUUGAUGUGGCUAUAAAAAUACUCAAGCUGCAGGAUGAUAAUGAAAAGUUAAGAAAGGAAGAGUUGAUGAAGGAAGCAGAAAUAAUGCACCAGCUGGACAAUCCAUACAUUGUCAGAAUGAUUGGUGUCUGUGAGGCAGAGUGCCUUAUGCUGGUCAUGGAAAUUGCAUCAGCAGGACCCCUAAACAAAUUUCUGUCUGCUAAGAAGGAUGAGGUACCGAUCAGUAAUAUUGCAGAGUUAAUGCAUCAGGUGUCCUUGGGAAUGAAAUAUCUCGAAGAACAUAAUUUUGUGCAUCGUGACCUGGCUGCUCGAAACGUCCUUCUAGUAAACCAGCAUUAUGCAAAAAUCAGUGACUUUGGUCUUUCUAAGGCACUUGCAGUGAAUGACAACUAUUACACGGCUAAGGCAGGUGGCAAAUGGCCUUUAAAGUGGUAUGCUCCAGAGUGUAUACAAUACCAUAAGUUUUCGAGUCGUAGUGAUGUAUGGAGCUUCGGGGUAACCAUGUGGGAAGCAUUCAGCUAUGGACAAAAACCUUACAAGAAAUUAAAGGGCACUCAAGUCAUUGAAUUUAUUGAGAAGAAAGAGCGUCUGGCAUGCCCCGCGCAAUGUCCUAAAGAAAUGUAUGAGCUUAUGUUGGACUGCUGGAUCUACAAGAUGGACGAUCGGCCAAAUUUUGAGAAUGUGGAAAACCGGAUGAGACUAUAUUACUACAGUGUUGCUGACAAGACCGAAGAUCCAACUCCAUCUUCAUCUAAAGAAAAGACAGUCUGAAUAUAUCUUAAUAA